GACCAACAAAUACCCGCCAAAAUCCAGCAAACAUAAACAUCCUGCGAGACGAAAUGAAGAAACCUCUGGCAUUUAAACGAGUCGCCGCCAAACCCAAGAGGCCAAUUCCAUCCAACCGACUCAGUAAUGAAGAAGGCAAAACUCGGCCGAGUCAAUGUUCCGAAUCGUUGACCGUCGCAGCGGUCAAACCCAAAAAACCCCAAUCUCAACCUCGAACCAAAUCCGACUCCUCACUCCCAAUCUCAGACAUUCUUCCCGAGAAAAUGACCAUCUUGCCCUUCUCCUUCUUCCAAAUCGACGCCCUAGAGCUCGCCCCACGUUUGCUGGGCAAGUUUCUGAGGCGAGAGGAUGUUGUUCUUCAGAUUACUGAGGUAGAAGCUUAUAGGCCAAAUGAUUCGGCUUGUCAUGGUCGAUUUGGCAUAACUGCGAGAACAGCCCCCGUUUUUGGACCUGGAGGGCAUGCGUAUGUUUAUCUUUGCUACGGCCUUCAUACAAUGCUGAAUGUUGUUGCUGACAAGGAGGGAGUUGGGGCUGCUGUCCUAAUACGUUCUUGCGCUCCAGUUAGUGGAUUGGAGACCAUUCAGCGGCGUCGAGGUCAGAAAACUGAUAAACCCGUGCUCCUUAAUGGACCUGGAAAGAUUGGUCAAGCGCUGGGACUUUCUACCGAGUGGUCAAGCCAUCCCCUUUAUACUCCAGAUGGUCUGGAGAUCUUAGAUGGUCCAGAGCCCGAAAAGAUGCUGGUUGGUCCGCGUGUGGGAAUUGAAUACGCUUCACCUGAGCAUGUCAAUGCAUUGUGGAGAUUUGCAGUUGCAGGUACCUCUUGGAUAAGUGCUCCUAAAAACACCCUCAGGCCACCUGAAUCUUAACUUAUGUUUCAUGAAACUGUUCAAAAUGUCGAUACGUAUACUUAUCCCUAAUCAUGCAUAUGGCCGCUUUGGUAAUCCGGUGUCCCUUUCAGAUAUGUGAACCUGAAAUUUUUUUGUAAACAACACAACCCUCGCCAAGUGGGUGCCUGGUUGGCUUGGGGUCGUUCUUUUAAUGUUUGUAGGAAAGGUCUAUUAGCCA